AUGAUGUGGAAGCUCCGCUCAGCAGCCUAUGAACCUCAUAAUUUCGAAUAUUCCGACGACGCUGGUGUUACGAUGUCGCAACGUCGUUCUGCGGGAAACCCGAUCGGAGGCAUCGUCGUCGUCACUGUACAGUAUCGUCUAGGAUUUUUAGGAUUCCUCAACGUUAAAAAUCUACUUCCCGAUGUCCUCCAAAUUACGACAAAUUUCGAUUCGAACGUCGGGGCUCAUGACGUGUUGCUGGCGUUGAAUUGGGUGAAGAAGAACAUCGAGAGCUUCGGCGGAGAUCCGGAUGCGAUCACUGUUGCUGGCCAUUCUGCAGGGGCUUCCAUUGCAAGUUGCUUGUAUUUGAGCGGAAAGGCUGAUGGACUAAUCUCUCGCCUCAUUCUCGCUAGUGGGACUUCAGAAUCGGCAUUCGACGGAUCUUGGGGCUACCGUGACGUUUCGGCAAAGCUCAUAAAAUCAGCCACCUACACGGAUAUCCACGCAAAAAAUCUGACGCAAUCCGAGCUGGAUGAAGUGGAGAGCUACAUGGAAUACAGGGAAAUUGACGAUGUCCUGGAGCAUUUCGACCAGAAAAACUUCCUCGGCUGGCCGUUGGUCGUCGACGGCGAACUGUUCGAAGACGUGCCAAGGGUGAUGGCCGAAAACUUGAACUCGACCCAGAACUCCUCGAAACCGCUAGAAGUUUUUCUGGGUGUUACCCGGGACGAGUGGGCGGCUUUUGAGCUGAAGCUAAUGCUGGACGGCGUGAAAGCGCUCGACCCCGCCAUCUACAAUUGGCGGAUGGUGGUGAAGUUUGUAUCAAAGAUUCUCGCGUUCGCCUACCCUCGGAACGAAAUUACCUCAAAAAUGAGAAAAAUGGUGGAUGGCUAUGGAUUCUCGGCGAUGAAUCCUAAUGUUUCUUCUUGGGUCGAGACGACGAUUGAUGUAUUGACAGACGCCUUCUUUGCCUCAAGGGCCAUACGAGAAGCCCUCUACUAUCAAAAACUUGGCGCCAAUGUGUACCUCUACGAAUUCACGCAGCCGGCUUCUUCAUUUCUUAUUGACGGUUACAAACCCGUCCUGCAUGGCGAUGAUCUAUCUCUAUUAUUCGGAAGAAAAGGAGGGAUGGCCGGCCGGGAGAUGGCCAGGUUGUGGACGGAUUUCGUGAGGGGGAUUGCACCCGCAACCGAGCCGCUCGAUACAAGCCGGUGGAAUUACGUCGAGAUUGAUGAUGAGGGAGUGACUGAGAGGAGGGAUUUCAGAAGGAAUGCCCGUACUCUUUGGGGACUACGCGACGCUCCGCUGUACAUUGAUUUCCCGAAGGAAGCGUUGGAAAAAGCAUGGCAACAUCCGACCGUUACCUUGUUU